CCUGCAAACCAACGAACCAAACAAAACAGUCACUACCCACCAAAGGAAAAAGAAAGAGCGCUCUUUCCACUUCUUCUCUCCUUUUUCUCCCCUUCGUCGCCUUCUUCCUUUUCUGCGGCUUUCGAAUUCGCAUUCUCUCUGCCCCUCCGACGUCUUAUUCUUCGUUUCUGUCUCGAUUCGCCGGAGUUUCCUGUCUUUUCCAAGUUUUGGCGGUGUAUUUCUCGGCAUCCUCGUCUCUGAUUGCGGCGCCUCCGGUGGGAGUUAGGGUUUUUUUUUGUCACCGGUGAUUACUCUCAGUUGGAUUCUUCAUGCCCUUUUGAGUUUUUGGUUGGGUUUCGUGUGGGAUUCGGAAGGGUUAUUAAAUCGAGCAUGUUUGAGCAUCGCUUAUCAUUCCAAUCAGACGCCGGAAACAGCUCGCCGGUGAUGAUUCCGAUGGAAAAUUACUGCCCACCGAGCGGUGCCACGAUUGGUGAAACUUUUCACGGGAAUUCUGGUAUGAAAACCAUGAACACUACACCUGCGUUUUUCUCUGCUGGGAAUUCUUCGUCCUCGGCUUCGGUUUCUGGUGUCCUUGAUUCGGUUUCUGGGCUCAAACAUGAAGCAUCAUCCGCUGUUGAUUGGUCUGUUGAGGAGCAGUAUUUGUUGGAGAAAGGCCUCGAAAAAUACAGAGAUGAACCGAAGAUUAUGAAGUAUAUAAAGAUCGCAGCAUCUUUGCCGGACAAAACUGUACGGGACGUAGCAUUGAGGUGCCGGUGGAUGCAAAGAAAGCGAAGGAAAGGAGAAGAGCAUAGUUCUGGCAAGAAGGUCAGCAAUAGGAAGGAUAAGGUGACGGAUUCAUCCCCUAAGCUGAACAUGCUCUCUGAUAUGCCACAGCAAAAUACUGCAUCUGCUUCACUCAUGAAAAAUAUGUGCCAUAGCGGUCGCGUGCCUUACGAAGAUUUAAGUGGCAUGACUAUUGGUCUUCUACAAAAGAAUGCUCAAGCUUUCAGUCAAAUCUCUCACAACCUUUCUGUAUGCAAGCUACAGGAUAAUAUCAAUCUAUUUUCUCAGGCAAGAAAUAAUAUCACUGCCAUCCUGACAGAGUAUGUGGUAUUCAACAUAUUGAACAUGACGGAGAUGCCCGGCAUCAUGAGUCGGAUGCCGCCUCUACCCGUGUCAAUUAACGAGGAUAUUGCAAGCGCUAUCCUGAUGAGCACAACACAAGUUUCCUUUGUCGUACAGCCAAACACGUACAGUGUACCUGCGAGCAUCCAUCUGAAGCAGGAGCCACGGAGGUGACGGAGAAGGAAACUGAGUUUGAACCGACGCUAAAUAUUUAACACAAGAACCUGGUAAGAGGCGUGACUUUGAAUAGAGUAAGUUGGUCUUCAGCUCCUAGAAUGGGGUUUCGCCUUAGCCUCCUGGCUGUUGUGGAACCACGAGAUUUGACAGUCCGGAUAUGAUUGGAAACCUCGUACUCUCGGGAUAAUCUUGGCUGGACGUGGACGGGAAAGUUGCCCGGGGAAGGAUUGCCCAAGGUUUUUUUUAGUUCGCUCUUUGCAUCUCUAAACCAUUCGUUUAUAUAGAUGCAAUAUGCUUUGUUUGAGUUCGUAGCUCUGCUGUGAUGUUAAGUGUUUUAGCCAUGUUUUGAUGGAAACUAGUAGGGUUUUGUUUUGUUGUGUCGAGUUCACGCUUUGUAACAGUAUAAGCCAUCAUAGUAAUAAAGAUACUGUCUUCACUGA